GAGACUUCCAGUAACAGGGUUCAAAUGUGGAUUCGCAGGAAGUCUGCGUAACAUAUAAAAACGAAAAGCAGUUAGAAAGAGAGUUCAAUGGGAUGUGUUUUAAGUCCCUAGGUGAUGACAGCUACCAGUCUAUCAUGAGUCCAUGUGACACAAAGGGGAGGGCUGCAACUCGAAACAGAGAAAAAGGAGUUAGAUAUAAAAAUGUGAGGAGAGAUGUAUGCAAGUGUGUGAGGGAGCACAGGUUGAAGCUGCUGGAUCUGGCCUGAAAUGAAGGUGAAAGCCACAAAACUGUAAUCACACUUCUGUUGGGACGAGUGCCACAAUGAACGUGACAGAAAUCUACAGGGAAAUCGCAUACAUCUACAGCGAGGGAAAUGCUUCUCGCAAUGGAAGCUUGGGUGAGCUGAACGCCCCCUCCCCCCUAAACCACGUCAUCAACAUCCUCACCAUCGUCACCCUCUCCAUCACCAUGAUAUCCCUCGGCUGUACGAUGGAGAUUUCCAAAAUUAGGGCCCAUUUGUUCCAGCCAAAAGGAGUCGCCAUUGCAAUGCUGGCCCAGUAUGGCAUCAUGCCCCUCACUGCUUUCUGUCUAGCCAAAACCCUGCAGAUGGAUUCCAUCAAGGCUGCGACUGUGCUCAUAUGUGGCUGCUGUCCAGGGGGAAGCCUAUCAAACAUUUUUUCCCUGGCCAUUGAUGGUGACAUGAACCUCAGCAUCGUAAUGACCACAUGUUCCAGCUUCGCAGCCCUGGCUCUGAUGCCAUUGCUGCUCUUCAUCUACUGCCAAGGCUUCACCGGCCUGGAAAAAGCUGUCCCAUACGCUGGCAUCACCAUGGCUCUCGCUCUCACUCUGGUGCCUUGUGCCAUUGGCAUUGCCAUUAACCACUACAAGCCAAGCUACACGCCAGUGGUCAAAAAAGUUGGUCUCAGCAUCCUGACAACCUCCUGCAUCAUACUCUCUAUCCUAUCUGUCAUUGCCACCAAAGACGUUCUAUGGAUGGCCCUCAAACCAGACAUUGUGGGGACGGCUGCACUGAUGCCACUGAUUGGCUUUAUGCUGGGAUAUGGCAUGUCUGUCUUAUGCAGACUCAAUGCUCAAUGCAGCAGGACCAUCUCCAUGGAGACAGGGUGUCAAAACAUCCAACUGUGCUUUGCCAUCAUAAAGGUGGCCUUUCCCAUAGAGGUCAUUGGAGCCAUGUUUCUCUUCCCCCUGAUAUACAUGACAUUCCAGUGUGCUGAGGCCCUUUUCCUGGUCCUGUGCUUCAGAUGUUACCAAAGAUUCAAGGCACCUGCUGAGGCAAAACACUGGAAUGGUGACAUUAAACAAGAGAAGUUGCAACAACCAUGACAGCAUCGUGGAUCACAACGCAGUGCUGCACAGGGAGGAGAGAAGCGCCGAGUCCUACCUACUAAAGAUAUAGCUAUUUAGUGCCCUCACUGUCUCUGUAUCAUCUGCUUAUUCUUCACUCUGACCUGUGAUACUUACAAAAACAGUUAGAGCAUGUGUAACAACUAAUACUUUAAUUAUUGUUCACUUAAUCAAGUCUGUACACAGGGAUUGUGCAUGCUGAAGUAAAAAGCUUAUUGCACAUGACA